AUGAUUUCAUUUCUGAAAUAUUCUGCACAUUACCAACUAGGCUCUGGAGGACACCAUGGUGUGCACAGGCUGCUGUUCUGUUCUUGUCUGGACCACAUAGUCACAGACCUCUUCAAACAGUUAUCCCGAACUGGUAAGAAACGAGGAGCCCCACCACCACAAGAGAGCGAGCGCUUCCUGCACAUUAUGCAGCAACAACCUGAAAUAAUCCCAGCAGAUGCUCUCCACUGUUUUCAAUAUCAUCAUAUAUUUGAAGACUGUCGGAAUCAGUGGUCCAUGAGCAGACCUCUCCUUGGUCUCAUUCUCCUCAAUGAGAGAAGUAUUUCUCGGACUUACGGAGCAGCAUUGUUAGUAGCCAGCCCCCCCUCUGAGAAGCAACAAGCCAUGUGUCUAUGCUUUGAGAAUUUGAUGGUGGAGGGCAUUGAAAGGAACUUGCUCACAAAAAGAAUCGAGACAGGUUCACACAGAAUCUUUCUGCCUUCAGACGAGAAGUGA